UUUGUACUUUGUGUAUUAACGUUUUCCGUUUUGGCCUAUGGAUGGCGCAUUCCCACAUUCCUUGCAACGCUUUUCCCAACAAUUCUCCACAGAGGAAGAAGCCAGUAGGAUGGCGGUAGAUUUGACUCCUCGGUUUAGAAGGCUGAAUAGCCAAACUCGGAGUUUUCGUGAAAAUAUUCAAAUUGGGCUCUCUGGACCCUUUCGUGCAACACACUUGUGGCGGAAUAUCAUCCAAGCGCUGCAGGCUCAGGUCGAGGUUCGUAGUAGGCGAAAGCACCUGCGCGUCCACGCCGACUGCUUCACCGGGUCCGACGCGGUGGACGCCGUUCUCAGUUACUUGAUGCAGAAUGUGGUGUUUUGUGCCAGCGAAGUGUCCCGCCUGAAAGCCGCACGUCUGUGCCAAGCUCUGAUGGAGGCUAAAGUGUUUGAGCCUGUGGGCACGAAGCUUUUCCGUCGGGAUAAGGACACGGCCUUUGAAGACGGGAGCUGCAGCCUCUACCGUUUUCUGGAGUGUAAGUCACUAAGCAGCUCCCUUUCAAAGGACUGUGACAGCGAAAAUGUGACCCCAGGUGAGCUUGAAUCAAAGAAGAAGAAGGCAUCCCGGCAACAUGAGCUGAGGACCUUCUCCAACCCGCUGGCGGUCGGCCCUUCAGAGAGAGGCGUGGAGCGGGUGCUGAGGAGGAUCAACCUGCAGCCAUCUCUGGCCCUCGCACUGGACCACCGCGCCCCCUCGUCUUCCUCCUUCCUCUCCAAAGCCGCGCUGGAGGCCUUGUGGAGGCAGCAGACGCUUCUGCAGCUGCUGCAGGUCGUGGAGCUGCCCAUGCUGGAAUGCAUCCUCAGCUCCCCCCCCCGAGCCCGGGGGGCGCAGGCCUGCCCGCGCCCCCCGGGCUCGGGGCACCAGGACCUCGUCAUCUCCAACACCUGCCUGGAAAGAGAACUGCACCAGAUGCUUCACCUGCCUCGUCUGGACGACUGGCUCCUGGCAGCAGCCGACUGCCUGGAGCUCCUCCCCGACCGGCUGAUCGUAGCGGUGGGGGGGCAGCUGGCCGCCGCUGCGGGGGAGGGGCCUGGGGCCGCCGCCGGGCCCAAGAGGCUGCUGUUCAACGUCAUAGCCAAGCAUUACGGUGGACAGGAGACGGGCCCGCUGCUGGCAGGACGCUACUCUGACGUGCACGUUGCCAUACAUGGCUUACUGGAGCGCGGCGAGGAGGCCGCCGCCCUGAAGGCCUCCCAGCUGUGUCUGCGUCUGCUGGACGCCAGCGGGCGGGACCAGCUGCGCAGACUGUUGGCCUUCAUGGCCCAGGCGGCCGCGCCAGACGCCUGCCGUCUGCACAGACAGAUUCCCAACAGGAUGUUAGUCAGCCGCACCUUCCAGAAGGCCGUCGUCCGGAGCUGCGAGCUGAGCCCCGCCCAGAGCCAAGCCCUGCUUCUGUUCCUCAUGGACCAACACACCCGCCUCUUCAAGACCCCUUCCUGCGUGAUUGAGGCUGUGAGAAAGACUCUGAGGGAUAUGCAAAAAGGAAAAGACCCAGACUCCAUUGGUACGUUCACCUUCUGCCAGCAGGUGUCGCCGCAGCAGUAUGAGGACCAGAGGGAGGCCUCCACCCUCCAGAGCCUCAAGCGGCUCCUGAGUGACGUCGUCCUCAGCGACCGGCUACCCGCUAAGGAGCGUUCGCGGCUGGUGAAGGAGUUCCAGAAGCACCACCCCGUCGUGUUCCUGCAGCACUUCUCCGGAACCUACUGAGACAAUGAUGUCAGUGCUC